GCGCGGGCGGGGUAAGAUGGCGGAACUGGGGAAGAAGUACUGCGUGUACUGCCUGGCCGAGGUGAGCCCGCUGCGCUUCCGCUGCACCGAGUGCGCCGACAUCGAGCUCUGCCCCGAGUGCUUCUCGGCGGGCGCCGAGAUCGGCCCGCACCGCCGAUGGCACGGAUACCAGCUGGUGGACGGCGGCCGCUUCACCCUCUGGGGCGCCGAGGCCGAGGGCGGCUGGAGCAGCCGCGAGGAGCAGCUGCUGCUGGACGCGAUCGAGCAGUUCGGCUUCGGCAACUGGGAGGACAUGGCAGCUCACGUGGGAGCAUCCCGAACACCUCAGGAGGUGAUGGAACACUACGUGAGCAUGUAUAUCCACGGCAACCUGGGAAAAGCCUGCAUCCCUGACACCAUUCCCAACAGGGUGACGGACCACACGUGUCCCAGCGGCGGCCCGCUGUCCCCCAGCCUGACGACGCCGCUGCCGCCGCUGGACAUCUCGGUGGCGGAGCAGCAGCAGCUGGGCUACAUGCCGCUGCGCGACGACUACGAGAUCGAGUACGACCAGGACGCCGAGACGCUCAUCAGCGGCCUCUCGGUCAACUACGACGACGACGACGUGGAAAUCGAGUUAAAGAGAGCUCACGUGGACAUGUACGUGAGGAAACUCAAGGAGAGGCAGCGGCGGAAGAACAUCGCGCGAGACUAUAAUUUAGUGCCGGCCUUCCUGGGGAAGGAUAAAAAAGACAAGGAGAAAGCUCCCAAACGAAAGAUCACAAAAGAAGAGAAGGAGUUGAGGCUGAAACUGAGGCCCUUGUACCAGUUCAUGUCUUGUAAGGAGUUUGAAGACUUCUUUGAGAACAUGCACAAGGAGAGGAUACUUCGAGCAAAGAUUCGGGAGCUGCAGCGGUAUCGGAGAAAUGGGAUCACCAAAAUGGAGGAGUCGGCAGAGUACGAGGCGGCCAGGCACAAACGGGAAAAGAGGAAGGAGAACAAGAACAUAGCUAGUUCCAAGAGAGGGAAGGAAGAGGGUAAAGAAGGUGAAUUUGCUGCCAUUGAAAACCUGCCUGGCUUUGAACUCUUAUCGGACAGGGAAAAGGUGCUCUGCAGCUCUCUGAACUUGAGUCCUGCACGUUAUGUGACUGUAAAAACUAUCAUCAUUAAAGACCAUCUCCAAAAAAGACAAGGAAUUCCUUCAAAGAGUCGCCUUCCUAGUUACUUAGAUAAGGUACUGAAGAAAAGGAUUUUAAACUUUUUGACAGAAAGUGGUUGGAUAUCCAGGGAUGCUUCAUGAAAUUCAGCUGAUCUGAAGAAGCACAGCAGAUGCCCAUUACAGCCUCAAGGACUUUGUUAUUUUUUCCUUCCCUCCCCAAAGAUACAGAAACCAUGUCGCUUAAAAACACAAAAGAGCAAAUACA